AUGGCACGUCUCUCAUCAAUUGUAUUUAUAAUAUGCCUUUUAUUAUGUAACAAUGCUAUAUCGAAUGAAGUAAUUGAAUCACCGCCUUCCGAAGGUACUCUAGCAGGUGGUGGUGGCGGUGGGGGUAGCGGUAGCGGUGCCGAUGGUGAUACUGGUGGCGGUACCGAUUCACAAGAUGGAAAAGGUGACGGUAAAGGUGAAGGUAAAGGUGAAGGUAAAGGUGAAACUGUUGGUGAUAAAGGUAAAAAUAAUGAAGGUAGUCAAACUGAUCAAGAGUUACAGACAAAUCCUGGAAGUGACCAAGAUUCUGGCUCAUCAGGUAAUAAAGUUCCUGGUGCACCAAGUGAUGAUGUUAAUAACCCAACAGGUGAUCUAUCUACAGGUUUAUCAGGUGGAAAAGUUACUGGUGCAUCAAGUGAUCACGUUCCUGGGCCAACAGGUGAGCAAGGUUCUGAUUCAAAAGGUGGACAAAAAAAAGAACAACCUCCUCCAAAAGAGCCAGCACCAACAACCCCAAAAGAACCCGCACCAACUACCCCAAAAGAACCUGAACCAACUACCCCAAAAGAACCUGAACCAACAACUCCAAAAGAGAAAGCAGGUGACGAUCCAGAAAAACAAGUAUCACCAGAGGGUUCAGCAUCAAAAACCGUAGAAAAAAAAGAAUUAUCAUCAUCAGGAGAUUCACUACCAUCAUCAUCAGAAGAUCCAGGAUCACCCCAAAAAAAACCCGCAGGCGAAGAAGAUCCACCAUCACCGCCAAAAAAAGAAGAAUCAUUACCCGCAAAAAAACCAGAAGCACCCCCUGCAAAACCGGCUGCACCUGAAAGUCUCAAAGUUUCACAAGCGGGAUUAGACCCCAAUGCACAAAAACAAGGUCAAGGCAAAAGACCUAAGCGCGCUCUACCACCUCAAGUCCAAGUACCACAAGUCAACGACAUAACAGAUAUGGAAUCAUAUUUAUUGAAAAAUUAUGAUGGAGUAAAAGUUAUAGGUUUAUGUGGUGUAUAUUUCAGAGUUCAAUUUUCACCACAUUUAUUAUUAUAUGGUUUAACAAAAUUUUCGAUUAUUCAAAUAGAACCAUUUUUCGAAAGAGUCAGAAUAGAUUUCGAACAUCAACAUCCUAUAAAAAAUAAAUGUGCACCAGGAAAAGCUUUCGCAUUUAUUUCUUAUAUAAAAGAUAAUAUCCUUACACUUAAAUGGAAAGUAUUUACACCACCAUCUGAUUUAUUUGCAAAUGAAGUAGUUAAAGAAAAAAUACUUUCCACUGUUCCUGAAGAGCCAAUUACAGAAGACGAAUCACCUGUAUUAGUAGAUGUAAGAAAAUACAGAUUGCCACCAUUAGAACGUCCAUUUACCUCCAUACAAGUUUAUAAGGCAAACACAAAACAAGGACUACUCGAAACAAAAAAUUAUAUAUUAAAAAAUGCUAUUCCAGAAAAAUGUUCUAAAAUAUCAAUGGAUUGCUUUUUAAAUGGAAAUGUAAAUAUAGAAAACUGCUUUAAAUGUACAUUAUUAGUACAAAAUGCUAAACCAACAGAUGAAUGUUUUCAAUAUCUACCAUCUGAUAUGAAAAAUAAUUUAGAUCAAAUAAAAAUAAGUGGUCAAAGUGAUGAAGAUACUAAAGAAAAUGAUUUAAUAGAAUCAAUUGAAAUAUUAUUAAAUAGCUUUUAUAAAGUUGAUAAAAAAACAAAAAAAAUGAGUUUGAUAACAAUGGAUGAUUUUGAUGAUGUUCUUAGAACCGAAUUAUUUAAUUAUUGUAAAUUAUUAAAAGAAUUAGAUACAAAAAAAACAUUGGAAAAUGCUGAAUUAGGUAAUGAAAUAGAUAUAUUUAAUAAUAUGUUAAGACUUUUAAAAACAAAUGAAGGAGAAACUAAACUUAAUUUAUAUAAAAAAUUGAGAAAUACUGCUAUAUGUCUUAAAGAUGUAAAUACAUGGGCUGAAAAAAAAAGAGGUUUAAUAUUACCUGAAGAAUUAACUCAAGAUCAAAUGACAGAAGGACAAAAUGAAGAACCUAAUGAUGAAGAUCCAGAUGAUAGAGUAGAUCUUUUAGAAUUAUUUGAUGAUAAUCAAGAUGAAAAUAUUGUUGAUAAAGAUGGUAUAAUUGAUAUGUCAAUGGCUAUUAAAUAUGCUAAAUUAAAAUCGCCAUAUUUUACUAGUAGUAAAUAUUGUAAUUAUGAAUAUUGUGAUAGAUGGCAAGAUAAGACUAGUUGUAUAUCUAAUAUAGAUGUAGAAGAACAAGGAAAUUGUUCUUUAUGUUGGUUAUUUGCAUCUAAGUUACAUAUAGAAACUAUUAGAUGUAUGAGAGGAUAUGGUCAUAAUAGAGCUUCAGCACUUUAUGUAGCCAAUUGUUCAGAAAGAACAGGAGAAGAAGUUUGUAAUGAUGGUUCAAAUCCAUUAGAAUUUUUAAAAAUUUUAGAAAAAAAUAAAUUUUUGCCUUUAGAAUCUAAUUAUCCAUAUUUAUGGAAAAAUGUAUCAGGUACAUGCCCAAAUCCACAAAAUGAUUGGACAAACUUAUGGGGUAAUACGAAAUUAUUAUAUAAUAAUAUGUAUGGACAAUUUAUUAAACAUAGAGGAUAUAUAGUAUAUAAUAGUCGUUUUUUUGCUAAAAAUAUGGAUGUAUUUAUUGAUAUAGUAAAAAGAGAAAUACGAAAUAAAGGAUCUGUUAUAGCUUAUAUUAAAACUCAAGGUGUUAUUGAUUAUGAUUUUAAUGGUAGAUAUAUAAGUAAUAUUUGUGGUCAUAGCCAUCCUGAUCAUGCUGUAAAUAUUAUUGGAUAUGGUAAUUAUAUAAGUGAUAAUGGAGAAAAGAGAUCUUAUUGGUUAAUAAGAAAUAGUUGGGGUUAUUAUUGGGGUCAUGAAGGUAAUUUCAAAGUUGAUGUUUUAGGUCCAGAUAAUUGUGUACAUAAUGUUAUUCACACUGCUAUUGUAUUUAAAAUUGAUAUGGAACCAGAUAAUGCUUCUAAAAAUGAUGAUCAAUUAGUUGAUGAAAGUGACAAAUCAUACUUCCCACAACUCAGUUCAAAUUUUUACCACAGUCUUUAUUACAACAACUUCGAAGGGUAUGAAGCUAAGAAUGACGACGAAAAUGACCAAAAUUAUGACAAGGUAGAUGUAAGUGGCCAAUCUGAAGGUAAUCAAACUGAUUUAAAAAAUGGACAAACUGAUCCACAAAAAACACAAACUGAUAGAACCGUAACUCAACCUGGAGCAUCUCCAACAGAAAAUCCAGGAACAGCUGGUUCAAAUCUUACCACCCAAAAUACAGGCGGUUCAAGCCCAACCGUUACAGAUACAUCCAGUCCAACCACAACCGUUACAGAAACACCCGGUGUAACCACUUCCGCUGCAACCGCAUCAAUUGAGAAAAAGAUUCAAAUACUUCACGUAUUGAAGCAUAUCGAAAACUACAAAAUGACAAGAGGAUUAGUUAAAUAUGAUAAUCUAAAUGAUACAAAGAGUGAUUAUGCAUGUGCAAGAUCAUACGCAUAUGAUCCUAAGAAUCAUAAUGAAUGUAAACAAUUCUGUGAGGAAAACUGGGAACGUUGUAAAGAUCAUUAUUCACCAGGAUAUUGUUUAACUACUUUAUCAGGAAAAAACAAAUGUCUUUUCUGUUAUGUAUAA